UGAGAUUUAAGUGCAGUGUGUGUGUGUGAGAGCUCAUACCGCAGUGAAUGGAGGAGAGAUGGAGGAGCUGAAGCAGCGGGGGCAGAAGAGGGAAGGACGACACAGGGACACAUGGGACCCGUUCCAGCUGAACCCCAUCGGGGCGGAGAAGGAGAAGAAGCAAGUGUGUUUCCGGAUCCUGCAGAAUCUGGUGGCGGUGCUGGUGGGUCUGGCGGUGCUGGUCAGCGGCGUCGUCAGCAAGGGCUCUCUGCUGGUUCUGACCACUCUGGCUGGUCCGAAGUCUCUGAGAGAUGAAGUGGAGCAGCAGUUCUACGGGCUGCUGCUGAUGUGUGUUCUGGUGACCCCAAACCUCCUGAUGUUCCUCAAGGCCUUGUGGAAGUGUGUCUUCAAGAGUUACGUGGCUCCAAACCCGAGAACACUGGGAAUCGUGUGUGGGAUUGAGGCUCUGGUGGCGCUCGGGACCGCAAUGCUGGUGCUCAUUGUGAUGCCAAACCUUGACAUCCUCACAAACCUGUGCAUCCCGGGCGGGAUCUGCAUCUUUUCAGCCGUGCUCCAGAUCGCCUUCCGCCUGCAGACACGCAGAUGGAUGAUCCUCUACCCCAUCUGCUCCCUCAUUCUAGUGGUCAGCGGAUACUUUCUGCUUGGCAUCGACUACUACGUGAGAGAGAAAACUUAUAUCAAACAUUUCUCUGAUCGCCUUGAGAAUGUGGAUGAUUAUAUGACCUACGUGUAUGUCGGCAUUGCUAUAUUUGCGUCUCUGCUGGUUUCCCUGAACUGGUGGGAGAACCCUUUUCAGGCCAGCACCAACAUCCAGGAGAUGCUCAGUGAGCUGGACACAUUUAGAGACACUGCUUAUGUGUUCACCAGCUUCAUCCGUAUAGUCGUGACUCUGGCCGUGUACUUCCUGUAUUUCUUUGUUAUUGCAAAUAAUCAAUUCGAAUGGGACGCUUACACCAAAGCCAGCCAAGCCACGCAGGAGAUCGCCCUGGGCCUGUUUUUCCUGCAGGCCUUCUGCUCGGCUGCGUGCCACUGGUUUGGAGUCGUGGCCUGUAAGAUCCACGCAAUGAAAUUCGGCUUUGCUCUGCCGGUGUCAUUGAUCGGUCCAGCAACUCUGAUUCUGGGCAUGAUCCUGUUCGUGACUCAGUCUGCACAGUUCAACCCUUCACCUGAAAUCGCCGCCAUAAUCAAAGGAAACAUCACCAAUGACUUCUGGCCAUUUUGCUACGAACUUAAAUCUCUCAGCGAUGUCAACACCACGCCGGUUGUGAUGCUGGAGAUCUCCUACAGCAUCUGCAAGACUUCGCUCAAUAAUCCGUACGAGAUGUGGCCGUUCUCGAUGCUGGCGCUGGAGGGGGUGUGCAUGUGGCUGGCGCUCGUCUCCUGCACGUAUUACAUCUGGAAAAUCAAGGUGCAGAGGAUCGAGCGCACAUCGCUGCUGUUCGUACGCCGCCUGUACGAGUCCGCCUUCAUUGACAUCUCAAUGCUACUCAACACCAAAAUGAAGGUCAUUCGCACGGCGAACCGGGAGAGUAAUAACGAUGCUGAACUGGAAAACUGUGUCAUUUACCUUUGUGCAACGAUGUGGCAUGAAACUUAUGAUGAGAUGCUGAAAAUCUUGACUUCAAUGUUCAGAUUGGACAGAUAUCGAGGGGAUCCAAAGGAGGAACACAAGGAUUGCUUUGACUUUGAGUGCCAUAUCUACGUUGACGACGCCUUCAUGAUAGAAAAGGACUCUGGGACAAAGUUUGUCAACACCUAUGUUGAAGACCUCAUACAUGUUGUGAUGGAGGUGUACAGGGUGUUCACCAAUAAGGAGCCCGAUGAGGUGUCUAUCAUUGAGACGCCAUACGGAGGUCGACUUGUGUUCGUCAUGCCCGAGGGAAACAUGCUUUACGUCCACCUGAAAGACAAACAGCUGAUUCGAAACAAGAAGAGAUGGUCACAGAUCAUGUACCUGUAUUACCUGCUCGGCUGGAAAGGAUACAACGUCAAAAACCCUCAGAAAAUAACCAGACAAAACAAUCCCUGCCGUGCCAGUCUUGUUUCGCUGGAUAGUGAGACGUAUUUACUGCCCGGUCUGGAUAAUGACAGUAAAAGGAGGCAUAUAUCUGACGACAACACAUACAUCAUGGCUCUGGACGGAGACACAGACUUCCACCCGAAGGCUCUGAUUCUGCUGGUGGACCGAUUGAGGAUGUACGACAACGUGGGCGCAGCUUGCGGACGCAUUCAUCCAACUGGAAUGGGACCGAUGGUGUGGUAUCAGAAGUUUGAGUAUGCGGUGGGCCACUGGCUCCAGAAAACAGCAGAGCACGUGUUCGGUUCGGUUCUCUGCAGUCCCGGAUGCUUCAGUCUGUUCAGAGGAUCUGCACUGAUGGACGACAACGUACUGAAGAGAUACACAACUAAAGCUACUCGCGCAUCUGAGUAUGUGCAGUACGAUCAAGGGGAGGACCGCUGGCUGUGCACUCUCCUCCUGCAGCAGGGCUGGCGGGUGGAGUAUAACGCCGCCUCGGACGCCUACACCAACUCUCCGCAGGAGUUCAAGGAGUUUUACAACCAGAGGCGGCGCUGGGGUCCGUCAACCCUGGCCAACACCCUGGACCUGCUGCACAGCGGGAAGGAGACGGUCAAGAGGAACACCUCCAUAUCCAUGCUCUACAUCCUCUAUCAGAUCUUCACCGUGGCCUCCUCCAUCCUGGGACCCGCGUCUGUCACGCUCAUGAUCGCAGGAGCGUUCCAGUUUGUGUUUGGCGUGUCCGGCACUCUCUCCAUCAUAAUCGCUGUCAUCCCUCCAGUGUUUUACAUGCUCAUCUGUUUCCUGGCCAAACCCAACCUACAAAUCACCAUCGCCGCCAUUCUCAGCGUCAUUUACGCCUUCCUGAUGACGGCAUCCUUCUUCGCCAUCAUCGGUGACAUGGUGAUCCAGGGCACAUUCAUAACCCCCACCGGCCUGUUCCUGGUGUCCGGCGCUAUCCUGUACAUGGUGACGGCGGUGCUCCACCCGCAGGAGUGCACGCUGAUCAUCUACGGCCUGAUGUACUUCAUCUGCAUCCCCAGCGGGUAUCUCCUGCUCACCAUAUACUCGCUGGUCAACAUGCACAUCGUGUCCUGGGGCACGCGGGAGUCCACCAAAGGCAAGGAGCAGAAAAAGCAGGUGGGUGUGGUGUGCAACCGAGACUGCAGGAUGUGCUGCUGGGAUGUCAAGAUCCAGGUCACGCAGGAGACCGAGAACCUCCUCCUUCAGCAAAUGCAGCAGGCCGUCAAUCCCACCGCCGCCGCCGCAGCUAAAGCGGAGCCGGAAGAGCCGGCGACUCUGAGCGCAGCUCCAGAACACAGCAGUGUGGAGAUCAGCAGACACGUCCAGGAGAAAAACAUGGAGAACAAGAAGGACCAGAGCAAGGAGAACCUCAACAAGGACAACAAGGAGAGAGACUCAGAGUCUGAGAGAAGCAGCAGCUCCAGCAGCUCUGAGAAGAAGAUGGACACGUUCAAUGACGACACAGACUAUGAGGACACAGACUACGAUGAUGAUGACGACGACGAGGAUUAUGAUUAUAAUACUGUGGAGCCCAAAGAAGUUGUGCCUGAGAGCGCCUGGGUGGAGCCCGUGAAGAGGGAGUUCCUGAAGAAGCUGACCUACGCCAAUCUGAAGAGGAACCUUCAGGAGCAGAUCCGCUACACGCUGAGGAACAAGAACCAGGAGGACCUGUGCGAGGAGCUGGUGCUGAUCCUGACCGACACGCUGAACGACGAGCUGAAGGAUAAAGUGGGUCCUGAAGACGUCUUGACCGAGACGCAGCUGGAGGAACUGCAGUAUGCGCUCAAUGAAGCGGCGCGGCGCAUCGUCAAGACCAACCGCAUCGAGACCGGCUCACAGCGGGUGGAGCGGCGGGUCAAACGGGGCAUCGAGAGGACGCUGGUGGCGCCGCAGGUGGAGAAACUGUCAGAGGACGAGCAGGAUUUCUGGGAGAAGCUGUUGGAGCGCUACCUGAAGCCCAUUCAGGAUGAUAAAGCUCAUCUGGAGGAGGUGACGCGGGAGCUCAAGUCUCUGAGGAACAAAGCCGUGUUUCUGUACUUCAUCAUUAACGUCCUCUGGGUCGUAGCCACGUUCUUCCUGCAGGCCAUCGGCGGAGACGUUCUGAGUAUAGAAAUCCCCAAAUAUUACCCCAAUAAAACCCUGGCCCCGGAGCCCCUGAGGGUGGAGCCGCUCAGCCUGAUGUUCCUGCUGUCCUUCGCCGUCCUGCUGGUCGUGCAGUUCCUGGCUAUGCUGUACCACAGGGUCUACACGCUCAUCCAUGUGGUGUCGUACAGAAGCUCAGAGAAGAACUAUAAAGAGAAGGAUGAGGAGGAUGAGGAAGAUGCGCUGAUCUUGGGGAACAUCAUCCCCAGCAGUCUGGUGAUCACCGGAGACGACCUGUUGAACGGAGACUCCUUCAUUCCGAGUUAACGGAGCGCAGGGGGAAAUGAACUGAAGAGUGAGUCAGGCCGAUGGACAGCACACGCCUGACGCUGGAGCUGGAGUUUGAGCUUGUUUACUGUACAUAUUUGCACUGAAUGAGUCACGUUUAUAUCUCUACUUUAAACUGUGUUUUACUUUUGAUCAAAUGUCUUCAUAUUUUAGUUUGUCAUAAUAAAUAUUCCUGAACAAA